CUUCACAAAUGGCUGCCACCAGUACAUUUGUCAGCACGUCAUAGGAUCCUUUCCAUUAUGUCUGCAAUUGCAGUAACGACAUCUACGGGAGGACCUCCACUAUCACGUAGGAUAUGCUCAUUUCACUUCGGAGAUCCGCCGAUUCAUGCCUACCAGAAGAUUAUAAUUAACUACUCCUGGGGUUUAGCCGCUGGAGAUGACCGGCUGUAGCCGAUUAGCACGUGACCGUCCCACGAUCUCCUCUCCAUUUUCACCUAUGAUCUUCUGUGAACAUAGUUCCUUAUAUCGCAAACUCGUAGUAUCAACCAAAAUGUCUCUGCCUGAUUACAUCUCGUUUGAGAAUCUCGAUGUUCCUCACCGCGAGGCUUUCUCGCUGGCUAUCAACAAUAUCCUUUCUACCGAUCUUGCCCUGACAACUUACGCCCAAAUCAUUGAUGGCUUACCCACUUCCGAUGUUGCAUGGGACCAAUACUCGUCGAAGCUCCACCGCCGACACCCCAUUAACGACCACGUCGCCUUAUGCUCAGGUGUAUUGGAGAAAGCUAAGGAGUUCCGCGCAGACCUUGACCUUGAAGCCCUCAGGUUUAGUCCGACUUUACUCCAAGCUUACCAAUCGGCAUCAACAUCUUCACAAGCUUUUGGCUUUCGACUUAUCGAAUUAACUGCGGCUGCACUCCAUCAGAUAGGUGUCUUUUUAUUCCACCUUGAAUUGCGCAUGCAUAACUCAGCCACAACGAGAGGUUUGGAUAUCGAGGCUGUUACCCUAUGGGAGCCAGAACAGAAUCAUUUUAUGCGUAUCAUCCCCGACCCUACUUUAUUCACACAGUCGCAUUUUACUGCCCAAGAGCAAUACCCGGAUGGCUUAGCGGACAUAGCCGGCUAUUGGGCUGAAGACCGCAUCCUAGGGGGCGUGGUUUUAUUUGACCGAUCGCAAAGUUGGGCUGAGAAUAGCGAGCCUAAUGUAUAUUUUCAAUGCUGUCGCAAAGGGGUGACAUAUCGUGUCUGCCAACUCCUCAAUGAGCAGCAGGACAGCUUGUUGGGUUUUCUCCAGACAGUGGAUAUAAACGUUACCGAGUGUCCACUUCCGAUCUUACCAGGUUCGCACAAUCGGGUACGGGUAGAACCAGCAGACUCGAUAUCAGUACACAAGGUAUAUAGAGAUCAUUGGGAGAGAGCACCGCCACGGAGGCGCUUGCGAAUGCAGGAAUUUAUGGAACCAGAUGUAAUCAGUUCCUUAGAUUUUCCAGAGCAUGAUGUAGAGGAGGAGAUCAAAAGACUAAGGAGAAGAGAACCACGUUGACCAUUAUAAGACGGCCCUUUACAAGUUUUGCUAGUAGUUAAUCGCAUCUUACGAUCUAUUUACUACCGCGAUAUCUGUCUACAUUAUUCCCUCUCAACGUUAAUGAAACCUGAGAUGGGCACUUGAUAGACAAGUUAAUGUUGUGUCCGUGGAGAUUCUAUCGUUAGCAGGUUCAUAUUGCUAGUCUGUUUCGUCUGCUCAGUUGAGUUGCUGGCAGAGUAAUCCUUUCAUGUCUUCAUCAGACACAAAUGUGUAAUAAUCUCAUGUAUCGAAUGCCCCCAGUUCCAUUGGCC